AUGCCUCCGAGAUUUGGAGAUCAAGCGACAACCGAGGUUCCUGAAGCAGAUCAAAUCCCAUUUUCUCUUGAAAGACCAUACCCAGUCACUAACCUAAAACCCGUUAAAGUCCCUUUACCUUAUUAUGUUGAUCGUGGAAAAAUGAUUCUUCGACCAGAGACCAGACGCUUUUGGAAAUUUGCUAGUUGGUAUGCAAUAGCUUCUUGUGCAAUUAUUUGUAAAGUUUUUUUAAAGUUCUGUACUUCGUCAACUACUGUUUAUAAUAAAGAACCAUUUUUAAAAGUUUUGAUGGAUCCUAAUAGAACUCGUCCAAUUUUAACUGUUGCAAAUCAUCUAUCAACAGUUGACGAUCCGUUACUUUGGGGAAGUUUGCCAUUUAGGGCCAUCUUAAACCUUCAAAGGAUACGUUGGACACUUGGCGCUCAAGAGAUAUGUUUUAAAACCCCUACUCGUUCGCUAUUUUUUGCUCUAGGCCAAGUUAUUCCAACUGUUCGAGGUGCUGGAAUUUAUCAACCCGCAAUGAAUUUCGCAAUAGAGAAAUUGAAUGAAGGCAAAUGGGUUCAUAUGUUCCCCGAAGGAAAAGUAAAUCAAACUGUAGAUAUGUUGCGAUUCAAAUGGGGAAUUGGUCGUCUAAUGAUGGAAUCAACGAAUUUACCCAUCAUGGUUCCUUUAUGGCAUAAGGGUUUCGAAGAAAUCAUGCCAGAAAAUAGAAAUCAUCCACGGUUUCCGAUAUUGGGUAAAAAAAUUGUAAUCGCUUAUGGAAAUCCUAUAGAUUUUAAAGAUCUCCUGAUUGAUUAUCAUGAAGGGAAAGCUAAUGAAGUGUUGACUCGAAUAAGUAUUACAGAUACAAUCUUCCGUGCAAUGGAUGAAUUACAGAAAAAUGUUGAAGUUAGAAAAUUAAAUGACUAA